AUGCCUCUACCACCAAAAUGGUACCAAUUCCUCGUGGGAGUUUUUGCUUCCUUGGGGUCUUUUUUAUUCGGUUACGAUUUGGGUGUCAUUGCUGAAGUUGUUCAAUGCGAGACCUUUAUUUCGAGAUUCGGAAAUGACCCUGACGAAAUUGGUGCUGUUGUCUCAACAUUUACUGGAGGUGGAUUUAUUGGCGCAUUCAUUGCCGGCCACAUAUCGGACUGGUACGGUCGUCGUAUUACAAUCUCUAUCGCCACCGUUAUAUUCCUGUUGGGGGCUUGUUUACAGACUGCAGCCCAGACAUUGGCAUACCUUUGGUCUGGUAGGGCUAUCACGGGAGCUGGUGUCGGCAUUUUGGUUAUGAUCGUACCUUUGUAUCAAGCAGAGCUUGCUCACCCCUCCAUCCGUGGUCGGAUUACUGCAUUGCAGCAGUUCAUGCUGGGUAUCGGCGCCCUUUUAGCAACCUGGGCUGGAUACGGUACAUAUAUCCACUUAAGUGAUGAUAGUCAAUGGCGGAUUCCGUUAGCCUUACAAAUGGUUCCGGCCAUUAUAUUGGGGACCUGCAUUUUCUUCAUGCCAGAGUCGCCUCGUUGGUUAAUCGACAAGGGAAGAACAGAGAAAGGCCUUGCUGUCUUAGCUCAGCUCCAUUCAAAUGGUGAUGAAACGGACGCUUUUGUCAGGGCAGAGUUUGAGGCUAUCCAAAUGAGCAUAACUACUGAGCACGACAGCGAAGCAAAGAAAUGGUCUCAGUUGAUUACAGAUAAACUUAACUUCAAGAGGCUUUUCAUCGCCGUCAGCGUCCAAGGGAGUAUUCAGAUGACUGGUGUCAGCUUUAUUCAGUAUUAUGCGCCAUCCAUCUUCAAAGAAAUUGGCAUUAGCACUAGCACCACGCUUCUAUUACAAGCCAUCAACUCCAUUAUCGCACUUGUCGCUCAAUUCUGUUGCAUCAUGUUCAUCGACCGCUUUGGCAGGAGAUGGGUUUUGAUUCUAGGUAAUCUUGUCAACAUGGUUGCUUGGAUCAUCGUGACUGCUUUAGUUGCCGAAUACGGAGGACGGACAGAUGCGACUGGGGCGCACUGGGCGUUCAUAAUAAUGACAUGGCUCUAUCAAUUCUCUUUCUCUUUUGCAUGUGGACCAUUAUCCUGGAUUAUCCCGGCCGAGAUUUUUAAUACUGCAACAAGAUCCAAGGGUGUUGCAAUUGCAACAAUGACCUCCUUUGCUACAAACACCUUGAUUGGACAAGUUUCACCCAUCGCUCUCCAAAACGUCGGCUGGAAGUACUUUAUGUUCUUCAUCAUUGCCAAUUUCACCAACGCAAUCUUCUUUUACUGUAUCCUUCCGGAAACUAGUCGAGUUCCGCUAGAGAAUAUGGAUCAACUGUUCGAUUCUUCAUGGUGGGUUCCAGGGUGGAGCAAGCAGCACAUUGCCCGCCUCCGUGACGAAUUGGAUGAAAGGACCGAGGAGAUUAAAGAGAAGGAUGACGGAGUAGCACAACAUGCUGAGGUCACGAAGACUGCCUAG